GCAACUAAACGUUUAUGCUAAUUAAGUGGCGCGUGUACGGGUGCAAAAUAUCUGUCAUACUCUAUCCAAUCACAAGUGUCGUCAGAAGUAAUUAGUGGGUAAUUAGACUAAAAGUUAUGUAUAUAAUGAGGAACUUUUUUAAAUAUUUUAUUCGUGUUUCACUUACUGUUUUACAAACUGGAAACGGGACUAGAGAAGAACACAAAAUACUGACGACAACAUUUGCAGAAAUAUUGAGGGAAAGAGGACAAUUGCACUUCACUUCAGACUCAACAGAAAUUUCCAGUUGAAUACAACGGUGUCUUACACCUUAUAGAAUACUCCCGCCUGAGAAGAAAAUGGCCUACAGUCCAGAUCAUGUGAAUUAUUCGUACUCCGACGCACCAUAUCAACCUAACGGAGAAGUCACAUACCAGAUGUAUUCAGGUAAUAGUCCUGCAUGUUCAAGUAGUGACAGCGGAACGUGCCUGCGAUCACCCUCCGAGGAUGCGUACACAUGCAUGAACACUGAUAACACUAAUUCAGAGUCCAGAAAACGGAAAUCCGACAGAGCUUGUACAACGAAAACUGACUCUGAAAAUUUCAGUCAAAAUGUAAUGGAGUGGCUGAACGAUCAAUCGUGCGGAGGAACUACAAAACGUAAACGUGUUAUCACGAAAAACCAACGAGUCGCAGCAAACCAGAGAGAACGCAGGAGAAUGAAUUACCUAAACGUCGCAUUUGACAGUCUGAGACAAACUAUUCCUAUGUUUCCGUAUGAGAAGAAGAUGUCAAGAAUCCAAACACUGAAACUUGCAAUUGACUAUAUCCAGUUUAUGAGUGACAUUGUACAUGGAGAUGGAGCCGUUCAAACAAGCCAGCAGAUCAGUCCCAUAAUAAACACAACUAACCAACACGUACACGACGAUGUGCAUUACUGGUGACAUAGACGCAUGCAUCUUUGUCCAUUCUCACACAAACUCGUGUAUCGACAUUAACAUUCGAAACAAAUAUAAUGUACAUAUCAGAAAUGCAUGUGAACGUAAGGAAGAACUCAUGCUUCUGUAAAAUCGCAAGCAGAUAAUCCUCAAGUGCCAAAUACCGGUCAAAUGGACAUCAAAAUGUAUAUAGCCCCAUAGACAAAUAUAAUCUAAUAUCACCUUUAGCUAAUUAUUUGAAUAUCAUUAAUCAGAUCAAUUGAGUGACAUGUCUGAAUACGCCCACCUACUCAAAGCUUCAUGAAACACUUGUUGAGAGAAUGAAUUAUUUGGCUAAAUGUGCUGACACGUGAUGCAGUAUAAUGAGAGUCUCGUAAUUAAAAAGCAUCUCAAUUAAAGCUCGAUUCUUUCCCAGAGUAAUUCUGGUGGCUUAUCUAUGUAUCGCAAUAUUUCUGAAUUUAAAGUACUUGAAUUAUCUACCAUUAUAAGAGCCUCUAUAAAUAAUGCAUGUUUAAUCGGUAGGAUGAGAUAUCUGUAGCAUCAGUAUUCUAGAUAUUAAUGCAAAAUGACGAGCAUACUUGGAUACGGGUACUACGCAAUGCAAUAGAGCAUGCAAACUACCUGUUUUAAUCCACUGGUGUUGCAAUUGAGAUGUAAUUGAAUAUUUAUAGUUUAUUUAAAACGAUUAAGCCUCUAUACAAUACGGUCUGGUGAUUUAUAGCAUGAUGGUUAAGAUAUACCAAAUGAUCUAUACAACACGAGAAAUUAACAUCACAGCUUCGUUAGAUGUUUUUCAAUUCCACCUGACUGUGCCAUUCUUGUGUGUACCACAUCCUGUCUAUAGAACCGGGCGCUACUGAUUUGAGAGAUAUGACAUUAUUAAUUUUUUUAUCCAACAUCCUGACCUCCAUAUUGUCAAAUUAAUUCUACAUGAUAUAGUUCAAACAAACCUAUUUCUUAGU